AUGAUAUGCGGAUUACGCUUUUUGAUCGUCAUUAAUGUAGUGAUUACUUUAUCUUUAUCGAGAAUGCCUAGCUCAUGCAAAGCAAAGUGGGAUCUUCCUCAUAGGCAGAUUAGAUCAGUUCUCCGCAAUCUGACUGGAAAGAAUCUGAAGUAUAAACGCACUAUCCGACAUAAAGCUGAAUACUUCCUGAAUAUUAGUAACCGUAGCUACAAGACAGUUAUGUUCGGUGUAGCCGUUUUUGUUCACUACGAAGAGCAUUAUAAAAGCGCGGAUGGAACUAAAUUUUUGGAAAACGUCGGCCAAAAAUGGGCAAAAGAUUUAGAGGAGGUAGAAGCUAAGGAAUUAUUCGUCGGAUGUGCUUGUGAUCGGGAUCAAGAGAACUUCAGUUUGAAGAUGUGUUGCUAUUUUGUGAGUAGUUCGCUACUCAAUAAGCGAAGAUUAACAAAUCAAUAA